AUGUCCCGCUUCCUUGCGUCAGGGCAAGUUGUUAAGUCUGAAUAUCAUUUUUGAGACCAUUGCAGGCUUUGUCCUCCACUCAGUUCUUAGCUGACACGCAAUUGCUAUCUAAAAACUAGAACAACAAGGAUGAGCUCAGAGCGGCCCACGUGAUAAGUACUUGUCUAAAAUCUUCCUAGUCUCGCCGCCGCCUAGUACGAGUACGUCAUCGCAGCGACCGCGGUACAGAAUUGCGCGCGGGUUGGAUAACAGGACCUCAUCUAGAAACAUCGUCGUAAAUGAGCAAGAACGAAGAGAAAAUGGAACUUCGCCAGGUGUGACACAACACAUCAUGACUGACGUGCAGCCUAGUGCUUCAUCUGAAAGCUUUGCGAGACACACUGCAAAAUCCCAGACAACGAGCAGCAUCCAACGGUCGUCCAAAAAAGUAACAGCCGCAGACAAACCACUCGCUGAAACAAUCUUGGCGAAAUUAGAAGCGUCUGCCCUGCUAGAAGGCGAGAAAAAGAAGUUGUCAGCUGUGGAUCUAGCAAAGCUCCUAGCAACGGCCGAGAAAAAAGCAGUGAAUCGGGUGCUUUAUGCCUUGACGGAUGAAGGUCUUAUUGAUCGCUUCGAAGAGGGAAACAAAAAGUCCUACGGUAUUCGGCGCGCGGCUUCGUAGGAAAGGAAGCAAGUGCGUGUAUCUUUGCAUACUAGAGGAAGUCGAAAGCAUUGGUAUCGAGUCAUAGCCUUGCUCCAUCGGCAUUCAGCUUCAAUCAUUAGUAUAUCACAGACCUCCAUAGCUGUGAGUGUUGAUUAAUACUACAUGCAUCGUUUAUUAUCCCACCUCGUGACUCUUGUAAUCUUACUCUCUUAGUAGGUCUGCAUAGUCUCUGUUGCAUAGCUCUUGUUCGUGUAUAGUCUCUCCUGCAUAGCUCCUGUGGUCCCCUAGUUUUUCUUGCGCAGGUUGUUACUCUUGCAUACUGUAAGAGAGCGGUGAGGCCAUUUUUUGAACAGACAUUGUUUUGUGUUUGUUAGUUUAGUAAUGCCGUUAGUGUAACCGCGCAUUGAAAGCAGCUUCAAUUUGAAACUUGCGAAGCUUGGCACCAAGCUACUUUAUCCAGGCUCGACGACAGAUUGAACUACACUUGCAAGGAGGCUUGGCGACACGUUCCAGUCCUGGAACGUCAGU